ACUGAAUUGAAUUGGAUCGAGAUCUCAGAUCUGCGCUGUUCGGUGAGGAGCUUCCAUCCUCCAUUUUCCAUCAUUACAUUAGUGGUUCUGCUCUCUACUCUACUCUAUUGUCAAUUUGUAUUCGAUCUCUACCUUGUUUCGGUCGGAGAAGAGAAAUGGCGAAAGGUGGGUGUUGGAUCCUCGUCGUUUCGCUUCUGAUGUGCGCGGCAGUUCCGGCGAGAUCGGACGCGUCGAAUCACAAGUACGAAAAGGGCGAUCCGGUGCCGCUUUAUGCGAACAAGGUCGGACCAUUUCACAACCCUAGCGAAACGUACCGGUACUUUGAUCUCCCAUUUUGCGCAACAGGUGAAGUAAAAGAUAAAAUUGAGGCUCUUGGUGAAGUCCUAAAUGGAGAUCGCUUGGUCAGUACACCAUACAAGCUAGAUUUCUUGAUUGACAAAGAGUCUGAGCUUAUCUGCAAGAAACGUCUGACGAAAAAAGAAGCUGCUGUGUUUCGAAGUGCAGUGGCCAAGGACUACUAUUUUCAAAUGUACUAUGAUGACUUGCCCUUAUGGGGUUUCCUGGGAAAGGUUGAGAAGGAAGGCAAAGCUGAUCCUAGUGAAUAUAAAUAUUACUUAUUUAAGCACCUCCAUUUUGAAAUCUUUUACAACAAAGAUCGUGUGAUUGAGGUCAAUGCUCGCACAGACCCCAAUGCUGUUGUGGACAUUACUGAUGAUAAGGAAGUUGAUGUGGAGUUCAUGUACUCAGCCAAAUGGAAAGAAAGCAACAUACCUUUUGAGAAGAGGAUGGAGAAGUACUCACAUUCGUCGUCACUUCCUCGUCAUUUAGAGAUUCAUUGGUUUUCAAUCAUCAAUUCAUGUGUGACUGUUCUCCUUCUUACGGGUUUUCUUGCUACUAUUUUGAUGCGAGUGCUUAAGAAUGAUUUUGUCAAAUAUGCCCACGAUGAGGAGACAGCGGAUGACCAGGAAGAAACUGGGUGGAAAUAUAUUCAUGGUGAUGUUUUCAGAUUCCCAAAGUACAAGUCAUUGUUUUCGGCUGCCCUUGGAAGUGGCACACAACUCUUUACACUGACAACUUUUAUAUUCUUGCUUGCGCUUGUUGGUGUAUUUUAUCCAUACAAUCGAGGAGCCCUUUUCACAGCACUGGUGGUCAUAUAUGCUCUUACAUCUGGCAUAGCUGGCUAUACAUCAGCUUCCUUUUACCACCAAUUGGAAGGAUCAAAUUGGGUUCGGAAUCUGUUAUUGACUGGCGGCCUUUUCUGCGGACCACUUUUUCUCUCCUUUUGCUUCCUCAACACUGUUGCGAUUUUCUACCGUGCUACAGCUGCUCUUCCAUUCGGUACAAUCGUGGUGAUUUUUCUGAUAUGGGCUCUUGUGACAUCGCCUUUGUUAGUGUUGGGAGGGAUCGCUGGGAAAAAUAGUAAGGCAGAGUUUCAAGCUCCAUGCCGGACCACAAAAUAUCCUCGAGAAAUCCCGCCACUCCCGUGGUACCGCGGCACCCUGCCUCAGAUGGCUAUGGCCGGAUUUUUGCCGUUCAGCGCUAUCUACAUCGAACUUUACUAUAUUUUUGCCAGCGUUUGGGGUCACAGGAUAUACACCAUCUACAGUAUUUUAUUCAUCGUGUUCGUCAUCCUCCUAAUCGUCACUGCCUUUAUUACCGUCGCACUGACCUACUUCCAACUUGCUGCCGAAGAUCACGAAUGGUGGUGGAGGUCCUUCCUGUGUGGCGGAUCUACGGGCUUGUUUAUUUAUGGCUACUGCUUGUAUUACUACUACGCCCGGUCGGACAUGUCGGGAUUCAUGCAGACCUCAUUCUUCUUCGGAUACAUGGCCUGUAUUUGCUACGGCUUCUUCCUGAUGCUUGGAACCGUAGGCUUCCGCGCGGCUCUGUUCUUCGUGCGCCAUAUUUAUCGGUCGAUAAAAUGCGAGUGAAGCAGGUGGCUUGAGCUUGAUCCUGUCCUUUGUUCCGCCCCAAAGUUGGAGAGAGGUAAGUGAAGGUCUGACCCUUGAUGCUUCUUGUUUACAAGUAGUAUGUGUUUUCUUGUUUACACAAAAAAUAUAUAUAUAUAUAUAUAUAUAGAUGAAUGUUGUGUGUUGGUGGAGUAUAAAUAUGGGUCGGGUUGGAAUGAAUCGGGUCGGGUUCGGUCGUGUAAGAUGUUUUCGACUAAGGAAGGAAGGUUUAGUAGUUUAUUACAUGGAAGUGGAACUAAUAAAAGGUUUGUAGGAGACUUUUGUCUGAAAAGUUUUGUAUAAGAAAUAUGGAAAUGUUUAGUCCUUA